AUGGAAAUUUUAAAUUACAGACAAGCGCUCGAUGACUUAAAAGACAACAAUAAAAUGCAAAUAAAUUUGAUGACAAUUCUUGCCGAUGAUUAUAAUUCGUAUUCCAAGGAAAUUAUCGAUGUAAUUGCACAACAAAUUGAAAAAGUAAUUCCAUCGCAAAAAUUAGCAGUUAUGUAUGUGAUGGAUUCGAUUUUAAAGAAUGUCACUGGUGCUGGCAAUUAUAAAGAACAUAUUGAAAAAAUUGCACAUCGAGUUUUUGUUCAUACAUUUGAAAUGGGUGAUGAAAGAACUCGUCUAUCAUUGCAUAAAUUGCGGCAAACAUGGACGGGUAUAUUCCAAAAGCAUACUUUAUAUAAAAUUGAUUUGGCUGUGCAUGCUAUUGAUCCCGCUUGGCCUGUUGUUACUCCUCAACCAAGCCAUAUGUCUACAAGGUCAAAUCAUGCGACAUUGCUUCAACACAAAGCUGCACCUAAAGUUCACGUAAAUCCUCAUUUUCUUCAGAAAAGUUCAAGUUCCAGUUCGGAAAAUGAAAAUCAGCAAAUGGUUAGAUUUUUUAAAAUAUUCACUAAGUUGCUUCCGAUCAGCGGAAAGCGGUCCAAUUUGGAUCCACGAUUAGCUAAAUAUGAAAAUCGAUCAACUAUUACCUCCAAAACAAAUGCAGAUAUUUCAAAUAGCAAUGGGAUAACCAGUAAGGAUGUCUCGGUAGUUAUAAAAACAGAACCCAUACAACCGAGAGGUGAUGUAGAUGAGCGACAAUUUUUGCUAAGGCAAGCGGAUGAAAAAUUAGAAUUUCAACGCACUUUCCCUUUAAGGAAAACUGAUUUGUCAAAUGACAUUGAAGAAAAGAAGGCACGAAUUGUUCGAUCACCUCCACGAUAUGAUAAAGGAUCUCUUCCAAUAAAUUCUACCACUGUGAUUCGCCCAACCAAUGAUUUAGGAUCGCAUGCAUUUAUAACAACUCAGAUUCCUGCUGCAUCUCAAAAUCUCGUGGCUAAUCCUGGUUUACCUAUGUACCCGUCAACUUCAACAGCUUUUGUUGCUGGUUCCGUGCAUCCUGUGGCAGUGCCAGUACCUGUGCCAGUUCCAGUGCCAGUAACCGCUGUGCCAGUAUUUGUUAGUUCAGGCAUAGAACCAGUGAAUGCAAGUCGUGGUUUUCCUGUUGCUUCUACAGUGGUGCCAACUGUCACACCACCUAUUAUUUCUUCUGAUACGCCAAGAUUAGAAGGAAUACCCGCCAACAAUAGAAUAUUUGUUGAUGGAAGAGCUUAUGAAGUGUCUUAUAUUAAUGAUGUACCUGUUAUUGAAAGGAAUAGCCUUCCUCAUAGGAUUUAUUUUACGGGUGCUCCGAGAAACGUAAUUAUUGAUGGUGUUGCACAUUUAAUGAGUUUCGGUGAAGAGAAAAAAGUAAUCAUUGAUGGCGAAGAACAUGUUUUAAGAUUUGGCGCACCUUCCCGUGAAUUAUACAUGGGAAAUUACCCAUUUAAGGGCGCAUUUGGUGGUCCACCAAUAUUUGCUACAAUUAAUGGAGUACGGCACGAGAUAAGGUUGGGUGGUCCUCCACCUGAAGUAAAGAUUGAGCCUGAUCCAUGUUAUGAAUUAUUGAGGCAUAUGCCGCGCGCUGGUUUGAAUUCAAGUAGGAAUUCUGCACCAAAUCUUUCUGCUCAAAACGGUAAUUUUGGUUUAUCAAAAAUCAUGUUAUCGAAAGCCCUUUUGUUACCGUAUUUUGUUCUUAAGCAUUUAGUGCAACAACAUGCUUUUCAUAGUUUGUUUCCAGGAAGUGAACAGCAAUCGACACUGGAUGUCAAAGGAUUGCUGGCAAAACUUCAGAAAUCUGGUAUUUUAUCUGCUAUUUCAAAUAAUCGUAAGGAAACAACGGAUAAUGAUUUGUCCCACCGAUCUAUUACCCCACCUAUCCCAUCAGAACACCGUGGAGUUACUGAGCGGUUACCAAAGCCUCCAUCAGAUCUCAAAGACUUUUCAAUGCGUGCUCUAAAAAUCCGUUACGACUCUGUGGUUGCAAAUCUACACAAGGAGCGUAAUCUUUGUCCAAAUUGUGGGUUGAAAUUUGAUGAUUUAACAAGUGAAGCCUACAAAAAUCAUUUGGAUUGGCAUUUCCGAGAAAAUAUAAAAUUCGUAGCGAAAUUCAAAAGUCGUUGCAGACCCUGGUAUUUGGAACAAGAGCUUUGGUCAGAGCGUGAAAUAAGGGAAGUAACGGCUAGUACUUCAGUGCCUGAUCGAACCGAAAUAGAAGAUUCCACUAAAGAAACGAAUGUUCCUUGCGAUGCCGUCGUAUCUAAGGAAUGUGGCGUAUGCCAAGAAAAGUUUGAUGAAUAUUGGGAUGAAGAAGAUGAUGCUUGGAAAUUAAAGGAUUGUACAGUGGGAACAGAUGGACGAGGUUUUCAUCCAGCUUGCAUUUUGGACGAUACAACUGUUCUACAAAGUCGUUCAGAAGAUUCUCCUAGUGAAGAUGAACACUGUGAUGUAUCACUAUUAAAAUUUGCCGGUGGAAAAUUAAAAAAUAAUCUUUCCCUUGCCUUUCAUUGA